AUGGCGCUUCUGAAGGUGAAGUUUGACCUAAAAAAACGUGUGAAGUUAGCCCAGGGGCUAUGGUUGAUGUACUGGUUUGCUGUGAUGGCUGGGGUGCUGGUUUUCAGCAUGGGACUUUUCUUCAAAAUCGAGCUUCGCAAGCGGAGUGAAAUUAUGGACAACAACGAGAGCCAUUUCGUCCCAAACCUGCUUAUCACAAUGGGGCUGCUGGCCUGCGGGGUGAAUGUCCUCGGUGGGAAGAUCUGCUAUGACUCCCUGGACCCCACUAAGUUUGCCAAGUGGAAAUCAGUGUUGAAGUCCUUCCUGAUAGCCUGCUUCAUCUUCAAUGUGCUCCUCUUCAUCACAGCACUGCUCUGCUUCUCCCUUCGCCUGGCCCUCCAGUUCACCCUGGCUGAGGGGCUGAAGAACAGCAUGAAGUUCUACAAGGACACAGACACGCCUGGCCGCUGCUUUAUGAAGAAGACCUUGGAUAUGAUGCAGAUGGAGUUUCGCUGCUGUGGGAAUAACAACUACAGGGACUGGUUUGAGAUCCAGUGGGUCAGCAACCGAUACUUGGACUUCAGUGCCAAGGAGGUCAAAGACCGAAUCAAUAGCAAUGUGGAUGGGCAGUACCUAAUGGAUGGGGUCCCUUUUAGCUGCUGCAAUCCUAACUCUCCAAGGCCCUGCAUCCAGUACCAGGUGACCAACAACACCGCCCACUACAGCUAUGACCACUACACAGAAGAACUCAACAUCUGGAAAUGGGGUUGCCGGGAUGCACUCGUCUCCUACUAUGGGGGCUUGAUGAACACCAUUGGAGCAUUGGUGCUGCUGGUCACUGCGCUGGAGGUGGGAGUGAUGGUGGGUCUGCAGUAUGUGAACACCUCGCUGGCAACGCUGGUGAACCCUGAGGACCCAGAAAGUGAAAGUGAGGGCUGGCUGCUAGAGAAGAGCGUGAAGGAGACGUUCACUGAAAUCUUGGGGAAAAUGAAGGCGGUAGGUAAGAGUAAUCAAGUAGAGGAGGGCGGAGCAGAGCAACCUGCAGCCACGACAAGCUGA